GGAGAACCCACGUGAUUUCCUUGGAGAGAUGGUAUCAGUUAAUUAUUCUGGAUUACUUCUCCUUCAACGCAAACCGAUUCGGCAGACAAUCCAAUUCACAUUCUUUCUAGAGAAAGAAAAAUAAAAGAGGGGGAAAAUGUCAGAAAACAUACCACAGAAUCCAAAUCAAAGGGACCCAGUAACCUCACCAUCUCCACCCCCUCCAGCACCGGUCCCUCUAACCCCCGGCCCGCGCGCGUCGCGUCUCCAACAAGUCUUCGAGCAAGCAUUAGCCCGGACACUGCGCGCGAACUCGUACGCAAAUUUCGCAGGAUGCUUCCCGACCCCCGCGAGACAUGUCCCUUCCAGUCUGGAAUCGGUGUGGAGGCAACUUAACGCGAAACUGGAGGAGAGCGCGAAAGCUGAAUUUGAUGAUAUCAUUCGCGAAAGGGAUGCUGUUCGGCAGUUAAAUGAAUUGGAUAGAUUGGUUGGAGAGGCUAGGUUUCGAAUGGAUAAUGGGCAGGGUGCGGGUAAUGUUGCCCCUCAUACCCUUGGAGCAGAUGAGCUCUACAAAGCGCAUCUUACGCCAUAUCUACGGGAGGCGCAAUCAGUUCUCGAGACAAAACUCGAAGCUACUCAUGCAGAGAAUGCGGAGUUGGCGGGAAAAAUACAAGCGCAACGGUCGGAAAUCCAAGCUUUGUUAUCAAGUUUGGAAACCGUUGUGACCGACCUUGAAGGUGCUACUGCCGCUACGGAGCAGUUCGCUAAGGAGAACGAUCUACGUCAGGAAUUUAUCCAAAUGGACCAAGAAAUCAAGGCUAGACGAGACACAUAG